GUGAAGCUUCCAUGUAAAACAUUGGCGCUAAUGAAUGUUAUUUUUUCCGCCAUCUUGUACCUCGUUGGUGUGCAGCGGCAGUGAGCGUGUGUUGAACGUAAUUUUUCUUGCGAAUCCGGUGCAAACAGGCACCGUUCGAUUCACUUGUGUGCGACGCCUACUAAAGUGGCGACGGCGUCAAAAUGCCGAUUUAUUUUCAACGGCCGGAGAAUGCCCUAAAAAGGGCACAAGAGUUCAUUGAUGUUGGCAAAAAAGCAUCGGCGCUUGAUGCGCUUUACGAUGUUAUCAAGUCACGCAAGCACCGAACAUGGCAAAAGGUCCACGAACCAAUUAUGAAACUGUACCUGGAGCUAUGUGUCGAUCUCAAGAAAAGUCAUCUUGCGAAGGAGGGACUUUUUCAAUAUCGAAUCAUCUGCCAACAGGUGAACAUCGCGUCAUUAGAACAAGUCGUAAAGGAAUAUCUUGCUCUAGCAGAAGCUAAAACCGAGGCUGCUCGAAAGGAAAGCGCUCAGGCUGUUCUGGAGACCACGAUGGUUGACGAUCUUGACCAGGUGGCAACUCCUGAGAAUCUCCUCCUAUCGGCAGUUUCGAGUGAGGGCAACCAGGAGCGCAGUGAUCGAGUCCUUCUGACGCCGUGGGUAAAGUUUCUAUGGGAAUCGUAUCGCCAAUGUUUAGAACUCCUGAGAAACAACUCGCGUGUUGAACGUCUCUAUCACGAUAUCGCUCAGGCAGCGUUUCGGUUCUGCGUCAACUAUGCUCGCAAGACCGAGUUCCGAAAGCUGUGCGACAAUCUCCGUGGUCAUCUAGCCCAUAUUCACCGUUUCCCGCAACAAGCGACAGCAAUCAACCUCCAGGCGGCAGAGACUCAACAGAUGCACUUGGAAACCCGUCUGACCCAGCUUGAUAUGGCCAUUAAGAUGGAACUGUGGCAGGAAGCAUACAAAGCGGCUGAAGACAUUCAUGCUAUGAUGUGUCUUUCAAAGAAGUCCACAAAGCCCCCGUUGAUGGCCGGUUAUUACCAGCGCUUGGCUCUCGUUUUUCUGAAGGCCGGCAAUGGACUUUUCCAUGCUUCAGCUUUGCUUAAGCACCUUAACCUCGUCAAGGAUCUGAAAAAGAGUAUUACAAGUGAAGAAUUACGACGUUUGGCUGCACGCGCUGUUCUCGCUACUCUGGCAACUCCUCUGCCAGCAACACGCCCCGAGAUGGAUAACCUCGUCGAAACCGAUGAGGCAGUGAUGGACAAGAAUGUGCGGGUUUUAGCCAACCUACUUGGAUUAGCUAAUCCGCCAUCAAGGCACACACUCGUUAGAGAUCUACAGCGGUUAAAUAUCGUCAGUCUGGCCCCGAAAGAAAUUCAAAAACUGUAUGCACUGUUUGAAACCGAUUUCGAUCCGCUUAAACUGUGCGCGGGGGUCAGUAAGGUUUUCGAGUUCAUCAACGAAUGGUCGACCUCAACUGCGCCAGCGGUAGGCGAAGCCGGUAAAGACGGCUUAAAAGAAGGCGCUACCACACCUCCUUGCGAUGAGCUCACCGUUUAUCUUAAGGGCCUCAAGGCAAUGAUGGUCUGUCGUUUGCUGCGUGAGAUUGCUCAGGUGUACGAGUCGAUUUCAAUCACUCGCGUGCUCGAGCUUUGCCCGAUGAUUGAUGCUUUUGAACUGGAGGCGGCUGUCGUUGAUGCUGUACGGAGACACAGCCUACAGGUGCGUAUCGACCAUAAGCGGCAAGCCCUGCACUUCGGCACUGAGCUUUCGAUUUCGCAACGCGAAGAGACAAUUGACCAAGGAGGGCCUUAUCUGCAGGCCAUGCCAUCGGACCUUAUUCGUUCACAACUCGAGAAGCUAUAUCGGGUAUUGCGUCAAAGCGUUGACGUCAUUCAGCCAGAGCGUAUUCAGGCUGAGCGCAAAAGCCUCCGUCAGGAGUUGCACAAAGCUUAUCUGGCUGGAUGGAAACGCGAACAGCGCAAAAUUCUCGAAAGGCAAUCGAAAAUUGAAAAACGCAAAGAAGAACUUGAGAACAAGAGUCUCGCGCGUGAAGAGGCCGAACGCCAAGAAGAGGAACGUCGCCAGCUGCGGCUUCGGGAGGCCGAAGCGGCACGCCUUAAGAAGGAGGCGGAGGAACGUGAAGGCCUACGUAUGGCACGCGAAGAAGAGGAGCGACGUAAAAAAAUGAUGGCAGAAAAAAUAGAAGCGCUCAAGCGUACUGAGUUUGGUGCUAAAAUGAUCGAAAGUAUUGAAGAGCAAAUGCUGGAACGUAUGAACACCGAAGAUAUACAGCAGAUUCAGCUCGAUCACUGGACCAAGGAGCGUCGCGAGCUGCAACAGCGCAUGCACAAACAAGAACGCAAGAUUGAUCAUAUGGAACGUGCCAAGCGUUUAGAAGAGAUUCCUCUCUUGGAAAAGGAGUUUGCCCGUCGCGACGCGGAAAGACGUAAGCUUUGGGAUGAGCUGGAGCAUGAAAGGGUGGAGCGCGCUAUUGCCGAACGUCACUUGGCCAUGGAGCAGAAGCGAAGGCUGAGCCGCAUGGCCGAGGACAAGGAGCGCUUCAUACAGAAGCUGCAGGCUGAACGUUACGAAGAGUACAAGAAACUUAAGCAGGAAUUCGAUGCCAGGCUUGCGAGCGAGAAAGCUAAACGGCUAGCCGAAAGAAAGCAACAACGUAUUCAGGAACGUCGCGAAAAGUAUCGCGCCGAAAAGGAACGGAAGCGUAAAGAGGCUGAGGAGGCCGAACUGCGCAGAAUUGAAGAGGAAGAGAGGGCCGCCCGUAAAGCUGCUGAACUUAAACAACGUCAACGCGAACUUGAAAUUGAAGAGAAAAUGGCUCAGCAGAAGAAACAGGAACAGGAAGAACAAGAGCAGCGCGAACGUGAAAGACAAGAAAAGAUUCAGGCGAUUGCUGCAGCUGCUGGAGCUGCUGCCGGAGGACGUUCUCGGGAAGGAGAUGGACCUUCGUCAAGAGCACAGCAACAACAGCACUGGCGACGACCUAUUUCUCUCACCGACGGAUCUCGAGCAGACAGGGAUCGGGACAGAGACGGCGGACGCUGGACUUCAGGGAGCGGGACCGGCAGCGGUUCCGCACUCGGAGCGCGGAAUGAUGCUUCACUCAGCAGCAACUGGCGCGAGAAGACAGGACCUCUUACGGGACAACGUAGAGACAACCGAGAUAUCGAUAGAGGGGACUUCGGCCGCGGAGGUAAUAGGGGAGGUACUAUGGAUCGUGGUGGCGGUGUUAGUGAGUCCUACUGGAGAAGGAGUGGGGGCGUUGGUCAGGGUCGACAGGACACAAGAGGAGGACAAGAUAGAGACCGUGAACGCGACAGGGAUGGACGCAGAGAUAACCGAAGUUUUGCGCCUUCCUCCGACGUGACAAGCGACAAUUGGAGGAAGAGUUAGAUCCAACUAACGUGGAUGUGCAGACGGCAAAGCAGCUUGCGUCGAUCAGCCGUAUUGCGAUCGGCCUCAUGAUAUACGAUAAGGCCGGCUUUACUGCAUCUGACUUAUAUACACAUACUUGUCGUCUAGACGUCCGGCGGGUCUGUGCUUCGGCCCUUCGUUUCAUCGAAUAAAUUUUAGUAAAUGAUUGCGGACUCGAA